ACAUGUGUAACAUUGGUGUAGACGUAACCCCAACUUGUAUUCAUCAUUCAUCAAACGCGUUUGCAGAUUUGUUGAAAUAAAAUGAACUCUAUACGAACAUUGUUAAUAAAAAGUCGUCUUGACGCAGUGCCAUUAAGAAACUAUGCGUUUAAAAGUGAUUUGAAAAUAAAAUGGGUGCGUCCCGAGAAGAUUUCGUGCAUCAAACCGCAGAAAAGUGGCGAUUUAGAGCCGAUGCCUCAAAUCAAAAAUUCUCAGCUUGCUUACGAUUUUCGAAACAGCAAGGAAUUGGAAACUGCUGAUGAAUUAGUGCGACGAUUAUUUACCCUAGAGUUUCAGCCGCGUAAGAAGGCAACACAAGUGUACAUUAGAUCAGUAGUCGCGAAUGUGAACCGGCAUGAUCUUGACAAAGGUUCAAUUGAGGCAAGAAUCGCACGUUGGACGGGAGCUAUUCGUGCUCUUCAGGAACAAGCCGAGAAAUUCCCACGUAAUUUACGACUUAAAGUCAAUCUAAAGGAACUUAUCGACAAGAGAAAGAAGCAUUUGAAGUAUUUAAGAAGAUGGGAUUACAAAAAGUUUGAAUGGUUGCUUGAGUCAUUGAAUAUUGUCUAUAAACCACCACCAAAUGAAUUCAGAUGGGUAGUNCCAACCAAACGCGGAUAA